AUGGCUGGAUCGCGGGUCCGUGCAUGCAUCUCUCAAUAUCAGACGGAAGCUGCCAACAAUGGUCUAUCUUCUGACCGGAUAAAGUAUUUUAAAGCCGGGCUGCAAUGGGAGAUGAAUCUUAAUGUUGAGGAUGAUGCUUUGGUUCUUCCAGAGAAGUUGAGAAACACUUCGACUCCACCACUUAUGGGACUGAGGUGGAUUAAAGAACGCAUGGAAGCAUUGAUGGAGGAGCAAGAUGAGGGCAUCAAAGCCAAGAUGGCAGAGGUGAAGAUGUACACUGACAUGUUAGAGAAAUUGAGGAAAGGCAAAGGAGUGUAG